GUGUCUUUUAAGGUCAUAUAACCAGCUAACGCUCAAGGGUGGCGAGGGGGAAAACUUUGCCCUGCAACCACGGUAGCUACCAAGGCGCCGAGUCGGCUGGUCUAUGCAUUCCGCCACCCGCAUUGUUGCAGCACAUCACCUUUGUCGAGUAUGCUGCUAUCUACGUAUAUAAUCGCUUCAAAACCUCUCAAUAUCAGCAAACAAACUUUCCAGCAACUCGGUCGAGCUAGUUGAGACCAAUCUGUGGGCCUAAACCAAUUUGCGAAACCUGAAGUAACGACGCACAAUAUCCACAAUGGCCAAGCGUCACACAAUGUCCAGGCAGGACGAGGCCCACAUCAUCCACUACAUCAAACAAAUCUCCGCGAACUCAUGGCUCAUUGGAGACUGGAUCCUCACUCGGAGCUCGCCGCCUCUGCCCUCGACCUCGGAGUACCCGAGCUGGAUUGACGAGGCUGAUAAUGCAUCCUAUGCCUUCACCUCCUGCUCGGCACCCCGUUCUCCUCCACCCACGACCACACUCGACACCGCCCACAUCAAGCUUAUCUACGACUGCUCUAACUUCUCUGCAGUCUUCUCCAUCGGCACUAAAGUCAUGUGCAAGAUCAGCGUUUUCAAUCCCUCGUCCUCCGACGCCUCCGCGGACAUAACCCACGAAGCGGACACGCUGUCGUACGUCUGCUCUAAACAGCCCAACUCGUUUACAACACCCCGCGUCAUCCACUCCUUUAACACCGCCGAGAACUAUGCCGUGCUUAUUAUGACUCGCGUGGCUGGGCGCACGCUUGCUUCCAUGUGGAAGGAGAUGAGCGAGGGUGCGCGUGAGGCCUGCGCUAAAGCUGUUGUGGCCGCAAUUGAGGAGAUGAUGGGGUGGGAGUCAGAUUUCCUGGGGGGCGUGAACGGAAAAGGAAUUCAGGAACCCUUUCUUGUGCGCGGGUCAUCACUCGGGCGGGACGACUCUAUGUACAAUCCACUCGCCAUGCAUAAGUUUUGCGAGCAGGUCGGCAUGGGAAUGCAGCCGCCAUUCGUCUUCUACCAUGCCGAUCUCGGACCGACUAACGUUCUCGUUCUCGACGGUACCGAUACCGCGUCCACCCCCAGCUCUUCCACGGAUAGCUCUUCCACAAACACAUUUAACUCGCCUAAGGCCGCGAUUGGUAUCAUCGACUUUGAAGUUGCCGGCUUCCUCCCUAAAGACUGGAUCAUGACCAAGUUCUGCGUGACCGGCGGUAUGGAUCUGUCGUUCGAGGAUGAUGAUAAGGUGGAGGGUCAGGAUCCAGUCUGGUGGCGCAUGAAGGUUGCGACUGGGGUUAGGGAUAAGCUAGGCCUCAGGCAAGUAGCGCACGAGUGGGCCAAGUGGAAGUGGAUGGCCGAGGAGUAGUAAGGAAGAGUUAGGCGCCCAUCCCUUGGGAGAUAGGCUUAGGAGAGGAUCUAUCAUGUGCUAUCUACCUCUGCGCGCUGAAAUAUGCUAUCUAAACUCGAA